AUGAUAGACAACAAAUAUAAAUAUAGAGUGGAGAUCCAACAAAUGAUGUUCGUUUCUGGUGAAACGAAUGAUCCUCCACCAGAAACCACAUCAUUAAUAGAGGAUAUCGUCCGAGGGCAAGUAAUUGAAAUCUUGUUACAAGCUAAUAAAACUGCACAUUCUAGGGGGAGCAAAAGUAUACUACCUGAAGAUGUCAUUUUCUUAAUCAGACAUGAUAAAGCUAAGGUCAAUAGACUAAGAACGUACCUUUCAUGGAAGGAUUUAAGAAAGAAUGCGAAGGACCAAGAUGCUGCAGCCAACGCUACAGCAGCAGCUGGAGGUGGUGUUGGUGGAGCAGACGAUGAUGAUUUGAAGAAAGUUGGAGAUAAAGAUGAUAAAGAUGGUGGGAAUAUGAUGAAAGUUAAAAAAUCACAGAUUAAAUUACCUUGGGAAGUACAGUUUAUGUUUAAUGAACAACCUCUGGAGAAUAAUGAUGACGAUCAAGAACUAGACGAGGAUGAAAGGGAAGCCAAUUUUACCACGUUGAAACGGUUGAAGAUGGCAGAUGAUAGGACGAGAAAUAUGACUAGAGAAGAAUAUGUGCAUUGGUCAGAUUGUCGACAAGCAAGUUUUACAUUUAGAAAAAAUAAAAGAUUCAAGGAUUGGUCCGGUAUAUCACAAUUGACAGAGGGUAAACCGCAUGAUGAUGUUAUUGAUAUCCUUGGUUUCUUAACUUUUGAAAUAGUAUGUUCAUUGACAGAAGCUGCAUCAAAAAUAAAGAAAAGAGAGCAACUUUUACAAAGUGAAAAAGCAAAACGUCAACAAUCUUUACAUCAGGAUUUAAAUUUUGAAGUCGCCACUUUACAUAGAAAGAAACGAUUAUUCGAUGGGCCUGAUAAUGUCGUAAAUCCCUUAAAAGCAAAACAUAUAGAGGAGGCAUGGCGUGUGUUACAGACGAUCGAUAUGAAACACAGAGCAUUAACAAAUUUCCGAGGGAACAAAUUAACUUCGAGACCUGCAAUUAUGUAA